CUAAACACCGUAAGCUACCCUAUACCCUACAUCCCCACCCCUUGCAACUUCCACGCCGCCUUCAUGGAAUUAAGUCAUUGAAAAUUCUAGGCUAUCGUGUCAUAUUGAUACUGAUUAUAAAUCAUUGAAGAAAAGAUGAAGAUUAUGAUGGUGGUGGUUGUUCUUUAGCAUUGGUUUUAUUAAUCUCUUUGUUAUUGAGAUUGAUAAAGAAAGAAAGAAAAGAAUGUGUGUGAUUAUGGAAAAAGAGGGUAGUGAUGUGUUGUUGGUGCCACCCACAAAUUUCUCUGCUGUAGAAGAUAACUGCAUUUACAGAUCUGGCUUUCCUAAGCCUUCCAAUUUCAGUUUUCUCCAAUCUCUCAAUCUUCAAUCCAUCAUAUAUUUGUGUCCUGAGCCUUAUCCUGAGGAAAAUUUGGAGUUUCUUCGAGUUAACAAUAUCAAGCUUUUCCAGUUCGGAAUUGAUGGCACUAAGGAGCCAUCAGCUAUGUCCAGCAGUGCUAUAACAGAGGCUCUGAAAGUUAUGACUGAUGUCAGAAAUCACCCAGUUCUCAUCCACUGUAAGCGUGGAAAGCACCGAACUGGUUGCCUUGUUGGGUGCCUGAGGAAACUGCAGAAUUGGUGUAUGUCAGCUGUGGUGGAGGAGUACAAGCAUUUUGCUGGCACAAAGUGGAGAGAAACAGACCUCAAAUUUCUUGAAAAUUAUGACGUUUCAUCAAUUAGGCAUUGCCUUGUGAGCAUUAUCUACAGGUACUACGGCUCCAAGAAGAGGGGCUUGCAGUACAGUGAAGAAACUCUGCAGAAGCCUCAGAUGACUUCUGUUCUAUAAUAGAGAGGGAUUAUCCACCUUAAUUUUUAGCCUGGAUUGGAUAAUUCCCAUCAUUUGCUCUUAAUUUCUUUUAAAUUUCUUCUUUAGUCUCAUUAUACACUGCUUCAGAUUCAUCUAUACACCAAUUUGUUUCUGGGA